UGAUCCUCUUCUCUCGGAAAAACUAAAGCCACAAGCUUGGUCUCUAGAACAGAACCAAUCAGCACCGAAUCACUUGUCUUUCGUGUUCUGAGGUGGAUUACGGUUCGCGUCCGUUCCAGUUCCGGUGCUGUUGUCAUCGUCGGGAGUGUCCAGUUUCGUUGGAUUAUUUGUACCGAUUCAGCACUCGAUUGGUUUACUUAUCGUGCGGAUUGUGCAAGCGGUUUUGAUAAGCCUCGAAAUUUUAUUUGUCAGUCGAAGGCAAACAAGUCAGUGGCGGAAAACCCAGAGCGGGGAAAGUUUUCGUGAGAGAACCGGAAAAUUGAUUCGAUUUGUAGUUAAUCCAGUGCAAUUUGUUUAGUAAUAUUGGAAGAAAACCUUCACAAUCGGAAGAAUAUCGGCUUUCCAUUUGCUAACAAAAAGCAGAAAAGCUUGCUCCGCAGGAAAUUCCAAUUUGCUGGGCAUCAGGCGAGGCAGGGAGAAUCAGUCCUCAACUGGGUUGGAGGCGAAAUCCUAGAAGUGUCAAUCACCAGGACAAGCGUAUGAAAGUCGUGCCACAGGAGGAACAAAAAAAUAGACGAUAAUUUCACGCCAGUCACGAUAUUGCGGCGGAAACCUUGUGAAUUCUCAUCUCUAAAACUGAGUCAGACUACAGUUGAAUCAUAAAACGUAUAUACCUAACUUGUGCUAUUGAAAUCUAACUAAUACUUGAAGAAUCUUCCAGUGCUGAGAAUUGUGCAUCACAUUUGUGUGAUAGAUGUUAAUUGACUGCUAAUUCGUGUACAUAAAAGUGACCUCGAAUAUCCAUUCUAUCAUCGGAUCAGUGUUGUGGUACUCAAUAAAGGAUUAUUCUAGCUUGUAGGAAACCAUCAGCUUGAUCAACCAUGGGCAACAUACACACCGUAGGACCAAACGAGGCUCUAAUCGUAUCAGGUGGAUGCUGUGGAUCGACCAAGAAGCGCACGAUCGUCGGAGGCUGGGCAUGGGCGUGGUGGCUUGUAACCGAUGUCCAGCGGCUCUCGCUGGAAGUAAUGACGCUGAAUCCUAUGUGCGAGAUGGUGGAAACUGCCCAGGGUGUCCCAUUAACGGUGACAGGUGUUGCACAGUGUAAAAUCAUGAAGAUGAUGAACGUCUAUUAUUUUCACCAUCAGGCCGACGAGCUGCUCGGUACCGCCAGCGAACAAUUUCUGGGGAAAUCCGUCAAGGAAAUCAAGAUGACAAUCCUGCAAACAUUGGAAGGCCAUCUACGUGCCAUCCUUGGAACUCUUACAGUAGAAGAGGUUUACAAAGAUCGCGAUCAGUUCGCGGCACUGGUCCGAGAAGUCGCAGCUCCUGAUGUUGGCCGUAUGGGCAUAGAGAUUCUCUCGUUUACCAUAAAGGAUGUCUACGACGAUGUGCAGUAUUUACAAUCUCUGGGUAAAGCACAGACUGCCAGUGUUAAGCGAGACGCCGAUGCCGGAGUUGCCGAAGCAAACAGGGACGCCGGAAUACGAGAAGCAGAAUGUGAGAAAAGCGCAAUGGAUGUUAAAUAUUCAACUGACACAAAAAUUGAAGAUAAUGCCCGAAUGUAUAAACUGCAGAAAGCCAAUUUUGACCAAGAAAUCAACACCGCGAAAGCUGAGUCCCAACUCGCGUACGAGCUGCAAGCGGCCAAAAUACGUCAGAAAAUCCGCAACGAAGAAAUCCAAAUCGAUAUUGUUGAGCGUCGUAAGCAGAUCGAAAUCGAAACGCAGGAAAUCAAUCGAAAAGAAUGUGAACUGUCCGCCACUGUGAAACUACCGGCAGAGGCAGAAAGCUACCGCGUCCAAAUGAUAGCCGAAGGCAAGCGUACCCAAACGGUUGAAAAUGCAAGGGCAGAAGCUGAACGGAUCAAGAAGCUCGGAGCUGCCGAAGCCCACGCCAUUGAAAUGAUCGGCAAAGCGGAAGCCGAACGGAUGCGGAUGAAGGCCAAUGUGUAUAAACAGUACGGAGAUGCAGCUAUUAUGAACAUCGUGCUAGAAUCGCUGCCCAAGAUUGCGGCAGAAAUUGCAGCUCCGUUGGCGAAGACCGAAGAGAUCGUUCUGAUUGGUGGUAAUGAUAACACCACGAACGACGUGACACGCCUUGUAGGACAACUUCCACCAGCAAUCAAUGCCCUGACCGGUGUGGAUCUGUCUAAAGUUCUAGGUAAAAUACCUGGGGCAAAAGCAUAAUAAACACAUGUUUGUGCUAAGCGACCAUUGUGCAGCUAACUGAUCGUUCUAGAGAAUUUUGCCGAUUAGAUUACGUUUAAAGAAAUAAUAUCUCGAAAAAAAACGGACAUCAACACGACAUAAUGUAAAAUACCGAUCGAAUUAAACAUCUGCUACAGAACAAAUAAAAACAUCAUAGUGCUUGACCCAUUAAUACUACAUUUAUGUUAUUUCUUUGUCAUCAGUGAAAUGAAAAAUUUCCACAUAUCUGGAAUUAAAAAACACAACUCAGAUAAAAACAAUCAAAAAUGAAAACUGAAUCCCGCGUUUACAUGAAGCACAACAGAAACCCAACAGAAGCUCAACAGAAUGUUCAAUACGAAAAAGAGCACAGUAAAAAAUUUCAAGUAUAAUUGAACCCGCUGUUUUUUUCUCUGUAGUCAUUUAAGGAUGGGGUUGCACUUCAAAUUCUACUCAAUUCAAUUCAAUCAAUCAUAAUCAUUACCAUCCCGAAACGGCGAUCUGAAUUAUUCUGCAAUAAUGCAGCUAAUAUUUUAAUCAGUUUAUAUUUUAUACACAAAAAUAUCGUUAACAAUUUCAGAAAUACGAAAGGGUCGAACCGUAAGCAUUGUUAACAAAAGUAAAUUUAAGGGAAAUUCAUUGUAUAUAUAAUACAAAUUUCGUCUUUCGUCUAAACACAAUUUCAACAGCACGAUAUGCAUAAUGAGUUUCCGAGGCGGAUUACAAAUUCCAUUACUUGAUUGCAACUUUACCUUACGUAUUUCGACCUCAGCAGUACGUCUUCAGAUCAGAAACGACUAAAAAUAUUCUAAAAUAAAAUUAGUAACGUAAUUGCGUUACCUAAUUGAUUUCUCUUCAUCGAUUUAAUCGUUAAUGACUCAACUGGAUUGGAAGUUACAACCGUGAUUGUUGCUUCUGGUAUAAGAUGCUUUAUCACGCUAAAUCAUAAAACCUGCGGCCAACUGUCAAAAUUUGUUUUAUUGAUAAGAAGUAGACAUUGACCAAGAGAAAUCUAUCAAUGCAGUGACGUCCUCAUAAUACUAUGCGAGGGAAUUUUUCCCUUCCAGUGAUGAGCUGCAGCGUCACUUUUUCGAUUCUAAUUUUUAUUUGUCAUAAGAUAAGUUAGCAUACCAUCCCAUCUAAUUACACCAAUUUACAAUUCAAUUUAUAGAUACGUUGUAUUUUGACCUCCACAGACAGCCUGUCUUCAUUGGCUCGCACUUUGGCUUGGCUAACGAGUGGUGAAAUUAAAUGGGAUAGUAUACCUCGUUUUAUGACAAGUGAAGACAUUCCACUAACUUUCGUACCUAAUUUUCAUAAAAAUUACUACUAUCCUCCAUCAUUCUAGAGGUUCCAAAUUCCGUAGCUGCCAAGAAUAUAUAGUUUGCAUAAAAUAAUUGAUUGGUAUUGAAAAAACUUUCUGUCAAAUUUAAAUUGUAUUCAAACGUGUGUAAUUUUGUAAUGAAAUAGUGAUUGCAAUCGGAAACAACAUAUAAUAGUUAUUUGACAAUGGAGCUUUUGCAACGAUUUUUAUGGUCACCUCUGUUAAUACGCUACUCUGCCAAUUUUUGUUUGAAUGAUGUUUAUAUUUUCAGCUACAAUCGUUAAAUAACUGAAGCUACAUUUGUUAGCCUUUUAAACGAAAUAGUUCGAUAAUGGAUCAAUCAAUAAACAUAAACUGCCGCUAUGAAAUGGACAGGAUGCGCCACCGUAGAUCUGGUUUGUCAAAACCUGGAACGCCAAAACCACACGAAUAGAAUUGUACGUAUACAGUGCCGCCGUAGUAAUGAUGCGAUGAGCGCAAAAAGGCUUGAUUGAUGUUUAUUCGCUCAAUCGAUUCUUUAUUUUAUUUAAGGUCAACUUUCCAAAAGCACACAUGUUUUUGACGUCUCUAAGUAUUAAAAUUUAAAACAAAAAAUCGAAAAAGUGCUGUUUUUCAAUAUUGGUCCAACAUUUGCCCGACUUUGAACGGAUUCCAUCGUAGUGUGCCGUGGGCGAGUAAUAACGUUAAAAUUUUUGGUGCCGUGAUUUUUUUCCGCUCCAAUCGGCGGUUUUUAACUAGCCAGUGGCCGGGAGUGUUAAUUUAGAAUGUGACUUUUCGAUCCGAUCGUACGGUUUUGAACACCAGUUCCGGUUCGAAACUGCUGCUAAAGUGUAGAUGGGUUAUUCAAGGAGGACAUAUUUUUUUCCAUAUGGAAAGUAUGGAUUUUGGUACCACCGCCGACAGUUGAAUGAAUUCCAGUAGCGGAGAUGCGAUAGAUAUUUUCACUCGCAUUUGGACUAAUUUGGUGAGAUUGUUUCAAAAUAUUAAUUUAAAUACCUAUAAUACUGAAUAAUACUAAAUACGCGCUGGAUUUUUAGGAAUCCGGAAGUUUGCUUAUGGAUCCAUUAACCAAUUGAUAAUGAUAGCAUAAACAGGCGGGGCUUACUAUAAGCAAAGGUGACCUCGGACUGGUCAUGAAAUACCAGGCAGUCUGAAAUAGGUCACUCCCGGAUUAAAUCUGACUGUAAAAAUAUGUAAACCAGACAGCUUUCUUCCAUAACAUCACAGCCAGACAGUGGGGGUUAGUUUGUACACACACACGCACACACACAACAUUUGCCCGACUUUGAACGAAUAUCGGGUAAAUUUUUCAGACCGGUUCACACGUGCAGCACUUUUUUGGUUUCUGUUUUCGAUUUUUAAAAUAGCUAGAGGCUUCAAGAAAUAUGGGUUCUUUAGCAAAGUUGACCUUAAAUAACCCAAAGAAUUGACUGAGACAAUAAAACGAUAUACAAUUUUUGACGAGAAAGGUCAAUUGAAGAUAUGAGUACAGAGGAAUCAAUGGGCUUUCUUGUGGAACUACAUUUCCACGUAUUACGUAUAAUUGUGUUAUGUUACCGCUCACAAAAAGUGAAACUCAAGUCAAUAUGUGCCACAACUUUUAUAAACUGUACGUCUAGCAUGCAAUUUUAUAGAACGAACUGAUAAAGCUUUUUUCGACAUGCCUGUUUUCUCUGCGGAACAAAUUGACUGAGUUUAUAAAUUUUGAAAAAGGUAACAUAAGACAAUUAUUCGCACAUGUAACAUAGGACAAUUAUUCGUACAUUGACAAUUGAUUUUAUGAAAGUGAAAACUGCAUUAUUUAGCAAACAAUAAUUCUACGACACGGUAGAGAUUUUUGACUUCGACUUUAAUAUUCUCGACAACCAACUUCCAACAUUUUAUUUAUCAAGAUUGGGAAUGUUUUUAUUUCAAAGUUUUAUCGGGUUCACAAAAAAAAUCCUUCGCCAUAUUAUUUGCUAAAUAAAGCUCUAUGCAAUAUGAUGGACAUUGUACUAAUUUUUUACACUGUUUGAGACGAAUCAUGAGAACGCACGGGGUCCAGUUUAAAUAAAAUAAUUUUACAAAUUACAAACAACAUUAUGAAAAACAAACUGAAUUAUAAAUAGAUCGUAUUACAUUUAAAAACAAAUAACUGCCAAUAUGGUCAAACAAUGAACGCCAUUUAAAAAAGUUUGAUUUCAAUUGUAACCCACAUUUGCUUCUCAAUCCUUUACUUUUCACUAGUAAUUAACUAAUUGUUGUGUUUGUAAAAAGUCUAUACCAUAUUACUAUAUACUUACAAAAAGUAAUUGUCCCUUGAAAACACCCAUCAAUUGUGAACAUUUUAAGUUUUGUAUUAUUCAGAAUUCUUUUAAAUAGAUAGCCUCAAACAGUACCAAUGAAAGCAAAACCAAUAUUAGUUAUAAUGCAUUAGCUCAAAUAAAAGAACAUUUUAUUUUGCUCUAAGUAAAAGCAACAAUAGAAUAGUUCUAUCAUUUCCUACUUUUUCUUUUAUUAUUAGUCGGUAGUUUGUUGCGUCGUUUGCAUACGAAUCAUUCCAUCUUUAUGAAACGUACUACUACUUUUCAAUUUAUUUCAUCUAUUUUUUUUAUUUAGUUCUCUUUAAUUCUUAAAAUAUACGACUAUUCUCAAAGCCAACUUUUUUCUCCCUUAAAAAUGCGAACCUGUAGGUGAAAAGUAAGUGAGAUACCAAAUCUUCCUAUAUAUGAACAACUACCACAGAAACUGUAGCGCGAUAGCUAACUGAAUAAAAUUCGUAGAAGAAUGAAACGCAAUAGCCUCAUCCAUCAAAUCGCUAAAUUCCCUGCCAUGCUGUAGAUCAGAUUCAUAUUUUUCUCAAUUAUAUCUGAUUCGGAAAUCCUAUUGUAUCAUAAUUACUAUUAUACUACAAGUUGAAUUUCCACCGCGUUGCUGCUUAUAGAGUAUUUAGUGAAACGAGAUAAAAAUCUGCUUCUAAACAACGGCGUUGCAGCAACUUCUUCUAAAAGAACUUCAAGCUACACAAAGCAUGUAAUGUAGACAGUCUAGCAAAUCGUACAAAUUUACAAAAAAAAUGUUCUGCUGAAAGCUUAUUGUCAUUACGCUGUAGUAAAAGUAAAAUGUAUCUCGAAAUUACAUCGUGCCCUAGAGAGCAAAAUCCACACAGUGAACCGAUUUCACAACCAACAAUGAGCAAAUAACUAAGGGAAACCAAAACCUAGUUGCAGAAACAAAAUGUAUAUUUUUAUACUCCUUAUAUACUUAAUGCUAGGUGAAAAUAAAUCAAUAUACAAAGGAAAGAUAUUGAAAUCAUAUUUUUGAAGUCGUGUAGAAUUAGAUUGUACUCUAACGAAAGCAUUACUAUAUAGAACCGCUAGAACAAGAGAGAAGCAGUAUGGGCAUCUGCGCCGCACAUCAACCAAUGAGAAAACUAUUCUAUUGCGUUCCUUACACAAGAGCUUUAUUUCGAACUGACAACUUCAAGAAACGAAUCCUAAUUUAACACCUCUCUUAUAUCUAAAUCAAUAUAAGAUAUUACUAAUUCACUAACUCACAUAUGUUACUACAACACCAAUCUAAUUUGAUAUUAUACUUUCUUAAAAUACGGGGUGGUGGGUUCUUAUCUUUAAAUAGCAUAUGCGAAGAAGUUAACCUUUUAUAACGAUGUAUUAAAACCAGGAAACAUGAAUAUUAUUAGUCAGUAAAGUUUGUUGAAUUUCACUCAAUGGUCGAAAACAAUAUGGAAAUUCUGCGUUAAACAUCACAAAUGGAAAAAUCUAAACAGUGUUCCCAUCAGUCCCUAAACAUGUUUUCCGAAAAGUGUGUGUGGAUGUGUAUUUAUGUUUCAAGAACAGAUCGAUUGUAAAAUGUCUUAGCAUUAAAUUCAUUGCAGAUUAGCUAAAUAAUUUUUGACGAAUCUUUGAAACGAACUUGUAAUCGAAGUUACAGUGUUUAUUUGACAUUUUCCCUCAAAAUCAUACUGAGAGUUAAACCGUGUAAAAGAAAACUUUUAGUGAAUAUAUAUAUUGAAAAUAUGUAACACGAACUAAAUAAAACAGCAUGUAAAGAGCA